CCUGCCGCUGGCCGCCCCCCCCGGUACAUCCGGGUCAGCGCACGCCCGCCCGCACGGCCGGUGCCCGCGGUGCUGUGCGGCCGCUCCCCCCCCCCCGCUCCCCCCUCCCCGCGCGCGCGCUCCCGCCGCCCGCGCGCGCUCCCGGCGCGCUCCCGCCACCCGCGCGCGCCGCUCCGUCGCUGCUCCGGCCGAGCGGGGGAGGCGGCGGCUCCGGCUCCGCUCCCGAUCCCGGUCCCGGUCCCGCUCUCGGUCCCGCUCCGGAUCCCGGUCCCGCAUCGCCGCGCGCGGGGCGGCUCGAUUGUGAGGACGAGCUUGCUGCAUCAAUAAUCUGAAGAAGGGAGUUCUCUGUUAACACUGCAAGAAGAUACUACUAACUGACUGGAGGCCAAGAACAGAGUGCAGCACUGGCUGUAGGUUUGCUGGCAUGGGUAAUCUCAUUAAGGUGCUAACCAGGGACAUAGACCACAAUGCAGCACAUUUUUUCUUGGAUUUUGAAAGUACCUUAACAUGGGGAACCUUCUAAAAGUUUUGACAUGCACAGACCUUGAGCAGGGGCCAAAUUUUUUCCUUGAUUUUGAAAAUGCCCAACCUACAGAAUCUGAAAAGGAAAUUUAUAAUCAGGUGAAUGUAGUGUUAAAGGAUGCAGAAGGAAUACUGGAAGACUUGCAGUCAUAUAGAGGAGCUGGCCAUGAAAUACGAGAGGCAAUACAGCAUCCAAAUGAUGAGAAGCUGCAAGAGAAGGCAUGGGGUGCAGUUGUUCCACUAGUAGGCAAACUAAAGAAAUUCUAUGAAUUUUCUCAAAGACUAGAGGCAGGACUGCGGGGCCUGCUGGGCGCCCUGACGAGCACGCCGUACUCCCCAACACAGCACCUGGAGCGAGAGCAGGCUCUUGCUAAGCAGUUUGCAGAAAUUCUUCACUUUACACUCCGAUUUGAUGAGCUCAAGAUGACAAAUCCUGCUAUACAGAAUGACUUCAGCUACUAUAGAAGAACUCUGAGCCGUAUGAGGAUUAACAAUGUCCCAGCAGAGGGAGAAAAUGAAGUAAAUAAUGAGUUGGCAAACAGAAUGUCUUUAUUUUACGCUGAAGCGACGCCAAUGUUGAAAACCUUAAGUGAUGCCACAACAAAGUUUGUGUCAGAGAAUAAAAAUUUACCGAUAGAGAAUACAACAGAUUGCUUAAGCACCAUGGCCAGUGUGUGCAGGGUCAUGCUGGAAACCCCUGAAUAUAGAAGCAGGUUUACAAAUGAGGAAACAGUAUCAUUCUGUCUGAGGGUAAUGGUGGGUGUCAUCAUACUCUAUGACCAUGUGCAUCCGGUGGGCGCUUUUGCCAAAACUUCAAAAAUUGAUAUGAAAGGAUGCAUCAAAGUUCUUAAAGACCAGCCUCCUAACAGUGUAGAAGGCCUUCUAAAUGCUCUCAGGUACACAACAAAGCAUUUGAAUGAUGAGACUACCUCCAAGCAAAUUAAAUCCAUGUUGCAAUAACAAUUACCUGGAAUUCGCACCUGCUGUAGACAGUAUUCUGCAAUGACUGAGAUGCACAGAUUUUUUUUUUUUAGUGAUUGCAACUACUAUCUCGUUCAUUCUUGCUUUUUAUUUUCUCUCUUCCUGUUGACUCUUUUUUUUAAUCACUUUCUUGUACCUAAGUAAGCUCAGACUUCUUUUCUGUGCCAAAUCAAUGAAAAUUAUCAAUUCUGGAAAGUAUUUCUACUUUUCAGAACAGCCAUCCUAAGUGGCAGCUAAUUAUGCGUUGCAUUUGGAUUUCUCUGUACUGGGGAAAGAUUUGUGACUUGAACUUAAUAUUUUUAAACUUGUGGUUUUUUUCUUUUUUUGAAAAACUAAUAUUUAAUAUUGCUUCUUCUGCAUGGCAAGACUGCCUACUUCUGCUAUUUAAAAAUCCCUUGAUGACUUCAUUUUCUAUUGCAGCUUAUUUUCAUGUGCAACCAUGAGGAAACUAAAAGCAGAUUUGUUUAAAUUAACUGUGUUUGUACAAAAUGGUACCCAACACAAAAGUUUUUUUAAAUGAGUAAAAACUGUUUUGUUUAAAAGUUACGUUUGCAUUUUGACUCAUUUUUGUAAGGAUGUAUGUUGUAUGUUUAACCUUUAAUAACUAACGUUAAACUGUGGUGUGUGCGUAGCAAAAUUACGUAUGCAUGUUCAUGUCAAAUGAUUGGCUGUGGAUAAGAUAAUAAAAUCAGCUUUCAUUUUUCUAAG